UCAAAAUCUUCGAUACACAAAUUUUAAUUUCUCGCAGUCUAAAUACCAAUUGAUAGUGCUUCGAAUUUAUUAUCUUUACUUUGGUUCUCUAUGGAUGAUAAACUUCCAAAUUCCAAACUUCUGUUGUGAAUGUUACUGGGAUGUCGUCUGUGCCGGAGACCGUUCAGGUUGCCGUCCGUAUACGACCGCUUUCGGCGUCGGAAAGCCGAAUGGGCAGCCAGCCAAUUGCGGAGCAAACAGGUGCCGGCGAGCCGCAAAUUUGUGUCAGAGGCAGUGAACUCUUCACCUUUAAUCAUGUGUUCGAUACGAGCAGCGGUCAGAAAGAAAUUUACGAAACCAGUGUCAAAGCCAUGGUGAACAAGAUAUUCGAAGGGUUUAACGUCACUAUUCUGGCCUACGGCCAGACUGGAUCCGGAAAGUCCUAUACAAUGGGUACUUCCUUCGAGGGGAGGUUUGAUAACACGACCGGUAUCAUUCCGCGAGCGAUGGUUGAUCUGUUCGAUAAGAUAUCGGCCUGCUCGGAGUUUCAGUGUGAGGUCUCCUGUACGUUUAUUGAGUUGUAUCAGGAAAAUGUGUACGAUUUGUUAUCGUAUAGUAAUCGCUAUGAAAAGAUGGUUGGAAUCCGGGAAGAUGCCAAUGGAAUAGUUAUUCCUGGGUUGACGGAAGUUCCAGUGAAAAGCGCAGAUGAUACCUUACGUUGGCUAGUGCAAGGCAUCAGUGCCAGAACAAUCGCCGCAACCCCGAUGAACAAGGAAUCUAAUCGAAGUCACACGAUAUUUACGUUGACUGUAAAAAAGUUGAGAGAUGGAAAACUGGUGACAAACUCAAAGUUACAUCUGGUCGAUUUAGCCGGAUCAGAACGAUCCAAAAAGACCAACACCAUGGGCGAUCGAUUCCGGGAAAGUGUUUACAUCAAUAAAGGGCUGCUGGCUUUGGGGAAUGUUAUAGCUGCACUGGCUUCAGCGAAAAGCACGAAAAGCUACAUUUCUUACAGGGACUCCAAGUUGACACGGCUCUUGCGGAAUUCCCUCGGUGGAAACUCCAUAACCCUAAUGAUGGCUUGCGUCUCACCGUCGGACUACAACUUGGAGGAAACUCUUAGCACUCUGCGGUACGCAGAUCGAGCGCUGAAAAUACGCAACAAACCGACCAUCAAUGAAAGUGAAUCGAGCUGCCGGGAGGAGGUCGAACGGCUACGAUGUGAGAAUCAGACACUUCGUUCUACGCUGGAGAAACUGCAGCAAGCACCUGUUAUAGUACCGCGAACUGAGCGCUCCAUUCGUAAUCUGCAGGAGAAGGUUCGAAGCGGCAAAGUGCAACUUCGGGCGGUAAUUAUGAAAGCAAAUGAGCUCGAGUUUCGAGCUUCCCAUGCCGAAGGCAUUCUGGAUGCCAUUAUCAAGCUGCUGCCGCUGGAGAACGGUGACGAGUUUAAGCGGAAAACAGACGAUCUUUUGGUUAGGUACUGCAAAGAGACGGAAUGUUGGCGUGAUUCCAGAGAAAAAAUUAAUAAAGUGUGA